AUGGCCGGAUGGGGUGUGCCGAUUGUAUUGGUUGGUAUUUCUCUUGGGAUUUCUUUUGAUCAUAUACCGAGCAAAAACUUCUGCUGGUUAUCGACCGAGGGCGGGGCGAUUUAUGCGUUCGUCGCACCUGCUUUAGCCGUUAUAGUCAUAAACAUCGUCCUGCUGGGCAUCGUGCUACGAGAGAUUAGACGAAUCAUCGAUCGGGAUAUCACAAAAAUCGAUGUGUCAAAAGCAAAAACCACAGCUAAGGUCCUCCUUGUAUUUACACCUGUGAUGGGAGCGCCUUGGGUGUUUGGGAUCCUUGCCAUCAACGAAGACACCGUCAUAUUUGACUAUCUCUUCACUGCACUGAAUAGUUUUCAGGGGCUGAUGAUUUUUCUCAUCCACACAGUUGGGAAUAAAGAGUUUCGUUCAAAAGUCUACCGCGGGAAAAGGACGGUUGACCCAUUCUCGAGCAGCAGAGGGCGCAGUAAUCUUUCAAGCAGCGGUGUCACCACGACAACAGUCGUUCCGAUUAAAAGAGAGGUUCUUAUUUAAAGACCGUCAAUGCUACUGGGCCAAAAGGGAUUAGACCACACAGCAAGGUCACUGGCAGGUGGCUAUCU